AUGGACAUCGACGCACACGAGGAAGUCCUCGACAAGCUCCUUCACCCAAAUAAACAACAUGCAAAGGAUCUUUUGAAAGAGCUUGGUCUUGCAGGCCUGCCUUCGCGAGAACAAGUACACCGCGAAAUCGAGGAGAAGCUACUCCUUCCUCAGGAUAAAUUUCCGGAGCACUGGCUCCCGUCGUAUCAGGUACACUGGGAAGAGAAGCUGGACAUCCCCUCUCUGCUCAGCUGCGAACCAUCGCCUCCACCCACUAGCCUUUCCUUCGUCCGGUCAGGUCUCCACGGGAAGGUUACAGGGUAUGCAGAGGUUCGCAAUCCUCCUGUAGCCUCUGGCUUGACCUCCACAUCGCUAGAUCGAGCACCGGCUCCAAGCACAAAUUUUGUCAGAGGAAAAACUGGUUUCGUGCCCUUCUGGCCUGGUGGCCUAGAAGAGGUAACUAAGGAUGCGAUAUCUAUCAAAGAUUUGGACGAGAACACCAAAGGGCUCAAGAGGAUACCUCCUGGUUUCAGCAGAGGCUUACGACUGCCCGGUGAUACAGACGAUACCGAAGACGAGGAGCUUGCUGAUAUCAACACACGGUCAAAAAUCGAUCUUCAGCUGACGUUCUUUGUGCAGAAUGGCGAUGUCUACCAUCCAGAGGAUGAAGCACAAGCCGCUAUCCAAGAACAGAUCGGUUUCACAGAGAUCGAUGACCUGUUGCCUGCCUCGAGAGCUCACUUGAAGCCGGUUAUUGCGACCGCCCGGCCAUUGCGCCGCAAGGUCGAGAAACGUGAUUGGGCGCACGUCGUCGACAUCAACAAGCCUAUGAAAAACUUCCACGAACUUGUACCCGACAUGGCUCACAAGUAUCCUUUCGAGCUUGAUACCUUCCAGAAGGAAGCUGUUUAUCAUCUCGAGAUGGGUGACUCAGUCUUUGUAGCCGCGCAUACGUCUGCGGGUAAGACUGUGGUGGCAGAAUACGCCAUCGCGCUGGCAGCCAAGCACAUGACCCGCGCCAUCUACACCUCGCCCAUCAAAGCCUUGUCUAAUCAAAAAUACCGUGAUUUCAAGCAAACGUUCGACGCAGCCAACGUUGGCAUCCUGACUGGAGAUGUGCAGAUCAACCCAGAAGCAAACUGCUUGAUCAUGACGACCGAAAUUCUGCGAAGUAUGCUCUACAAGGGCGCAGAUCUCAUUCGGGAUGUUGAAUUCGUCAUCUUCGACGAGGUGCACUAUGUAAACGACGCAGAACGAGGUGUCGUAUGGGAAGAGGUCAUUAUCAUGUUGCCAGACCACGUCAACAUUAUUCUACUUUCGGCGACGGUACCAAACACUAAGGAAUUCGCCGACUGGGUCGGACGCACCAAGAAGAAAGACAUCUAUGUCAUUUCCACUGCCAAGCGUCCGGUCCCGCUCGAGCACUUUCUGUACGCCGGACGAGACUUUCACAAAAUUGUUGAUGCAGAGCGUCACUUCGUGGGCGAGGGCUAUAAAGCUGCAGGCGAAGCCCUCCGUCGCAAACAAGACAAGGAGCGGGAAGCGGCUGGUUUGCCGCCUGUUCAGCGCCUCGGCGCGCGUGCGGCAGCACCACAGCGUGGCGGGCGAGGUGCACCCACAGGGAGGGGCGGCCAGCGAGGCGGCACGCCUGCCCGUGGCGCAACACCUGCCGCGAGAGGUCCCACUGGCUCUGGACGCACAUUCCACCAGCCGGACAAGAAUCUCUAUGUUCACCUCAUCGGGAACCUCAAGAAGAAGUCGUUGCUACCAGUGGUGGUGUUCACAUUCUCAAAGAAGCGAUGCGAGGAGAACGCGGGUACGUUGACGAACCUGGAUCUGUCGACAUCUGUGGAGAAGAGUGAGGUGCACGUUAUGAUCGAGAAGGCGCUUUCUCGGCUGAAGGAUGCGGAUAGACGGCUGCCGCAAAUUCGAAGGAUGCGUGACCUUCUGUCUCGUGGCAUCGGCGUACAUCACGGAGGUCUCCUGCCCAUCGUUAAAGAAGCGGUGGAGAUGUUGUUCGCACGAGGUCUAGUGAAAGUGCUGUUCGCUACAGAAACAUUUGCUAUGGGUGUAAACAUGCCGGCCAAAUCAGUCGUGUUCUCACAUACUAGGAAACACGAUGGCAAGAGCUUCCGGGAGGUCCUUCCUGGAGAGUACACUCAGAUGGCUGGUCGCGCUGGCAGACGUGGUUUGGACGCCACAGGCACAGUGGUGCUCGUGGCUAACGACGAGCUACCAGAGCAAACAACACUGCAAACCAUGAUCCUCGGCACCCCAUUGAAGCUGCAGUCACAGUUCCGCCUCACCUACAACAUGAUCCUGAACUUGCUUCGAGUCGAGGCACUUCGGGUCGAAGAAAUGAUCAAGCGAAGUUUCUCCGAGAACGCUUCACAACGACUGCUCCCCGACCAGCAGAAGAAAGUCAUCGAGAGCGAAAAGCAGCUAUCUAUGCUGCCGAAGCUCGAAUGCGACAUCUGCCGACCAGACAUUGAGAAGCUCUACGAUGACACCGCCGAUAUCGUAGAAUAUAAUUUCCGGUUGCUUAGCAUGGAUGACAGUCAUAGAUCCAAGGGCUCAAAACAGCUUUUGCAGCCGGGUCGCGUUGUUGUUCUCGUCGACGGGCACUUUAGGUGCAAUAUUGCUGUGGUUCUCAGGCCAGCACCCGCACCUACGACUUCGUCAGGUGUUAUAGAGAAGGCAAAGACAUACGAAGUGCUUGCGGUUGUGUCUCCGGACACCAAGGAAGGGAAGAAUGACGUGGACGCACAGGCGAUACCACCGACCUGGCCACCAAAAGCAGAGUCGAUGCUUGUUGACAAGGCGACCUACGAGUAUAACACCGUGUCUCUCAACAGCAUCGCCCUCGUGACUGACCGAGUCGUCAAAAUCGACUUCGAGCAGGUCGCAACCGUCCGUCGCAUCACGAAGAUGAACGAGGCGAGGGACGUCCUUCUUAGCGUGAUCCACGAAUGGAUCGCGAGCGGUAACGGGGUGCCUGAAGUUGACUGGAAGGCCCGCCUUAAGGCCUUCGAGUUUCAGGAAACGGUGCGCGCGAGGGAUGAGCUCGUGAAGCGGCUGCCUGGAUACACGUGCAGAGAGUGUCCGGACUUUGAGCACCACUAUCAAAUACUGCAUGGCGAGGAAGUCCUGCGGGCAAACAUAGCAUGGCUUAAGCUGGCCAUCUCGGACCAGAACCUGGAACUCAUCCCAGACUAUGCGCAACGUGUCGACGUCCUGAAGGAUCUUAAAUUCAUCGACCAAAACUCGACCGUGCUCCUUAAGGGCCGCGUGGCAUGCGAGAUCAACUCUGCGAAUGAGCUCGUCCUCACGGAACUCAUCCUCGAGAACACGCUGGCGGCGUACGACCCCGAGGAGGUCGCUGCGCUCCUCUCGUGCUUCAUCUUCCAGGAGAAGACCGAUGUCGAGCCCGUCAUCCCGCCGAAGCUCAAGGAGGGCCUCGACGCCAUCGUCGCGAUCGCGGAGCGGGUAGAACGUGUGCAGGAGGCGCACAAAGUCCCGGGCGAGGAGUUCCGCCAGCUCAAGAUUGGACUCGUCGAGGUAGUGUAUGAGUGGGCGAAGGGCAUGCCAUUCGAGCAAAUCACAGACCUGACGGACGUUGCGGAGGGCACCAUCGUGCGGUGCAUUACGAGGCUGGACGAGACCUGCCGUGAAGUUCGGGACGCAGCUCGUGUCAUCGGAGACGCGGAGCUAUUCAAGAAGAUGGAGGAAGCGCAACUCAAGAUCAAACGAGACAUUGUAUUCGCCGCAAGCCUGUACUUCUGA